AUGAACGGGAUCGAGUUCAGAAAAAGACCUUCACAAAAUGGGUGAACAAGCAUUUGAUGAAGGCCCAGCGCCACGUCACAGACUUGUACGAAGACCUUCGAGAUGGACACAACCUCAUCUCCCUGCUGGAGGUCCUGUCUGGGGAGACACUGCUGAGGGACAGGAGCGUUCGGUUGCCCAGAGAGAAAGGACGCAUGCGAUUCCACAAACUGCAGAACGUACAGAUCGCUCUUGACUUUCUCAGACACCGGCAGGUGAAGCUGGUCAACAUCAGGAACGAUGACAUCGCCGACGGAAACCCCAAACUGACCCUGGGUUUGAUCUGGACCAUCAUCCUCCACUUCCAGAUCUCAGACAUCCAGGUCAACGGUCAGUCCGAGGACAUGACAGCCAAGGAGAAGCUGCUGCUGUGGUCUCAGAGGAUGACAGAUGGAUACCAGGGCAUCCGCUGUGACAACUUCACCACCAGCUGGAGGGACGGAAAGCUCUUCAACGCCGUCAUUCACAAGCACUAUCCCAGACUGGUGGACAUGGGUAAAGUUUACCGACAGACCAACCUGGAGAACCUGGAGCAGGCGUUCGGCGUCGCUGAGAGAGACCUGGGGGUGACACGACUGUUGGACCCUGAAGACGUUGACGUUCCACAUCCUGAUGAAAAGUCCAUCAUCACCUACGUGUCGUCGCUGUACGACGCCAUGCCUCGCACCGACGUCCAUGACGGCAUCAGAGCAAAUGACCUGGAGCUCCGUUGGCAGGAGUACUACGAGCUGGUGACUCUUCUGCUCCAGUGGAUCCGACACCAUGUCAUGGUCUUUGAGGAGAAGAAGUUCCCCACCAGCUACGAGGAGAUAGAGCUUCUGUGGCGUCAGUUCCUUAAGUUUAAGGAGACAGAGCUGCCGGUCAAAGAGUCGGACAAGAACCGGUCCAAACACAUCUACCAGUCCUUUGAGAGUGCAGUGCAUGCUGGGCAGGUGAAGGUGCCUCCAGGUUACCACCCCAUCGACGUGGAGAAGGAAUGGGGUCGACUCCAUGUGGCCAUUCUGGAGAGAGAACGUCUGCUCCGGAUAGAGUUUGAAAGACUCGAGAGGCUCCAGAGGAUUCUCAACAAAGUCCAGAUGGAUUCAGGGGUUUGUGACGAUCAGCUGAGUCACCUGGAAACGUUGCUGCAAACGGACAUUCACCUCCUGAAUGCAGGAAAACCGGCUCAGCACACGGCGGAGGUGGAACGGGAGCUGGACAAGGCCGACAACAUGAUCCGCCUUCUGUUCAAUGACGUACAGGUCCUGAAGGACGGGCGCCACCCGCAGGCCGAACAGAUGUACCGCAGGGUUUACCGCCUCCAUGAACGUCUGGUCAACCUACGCAGCGACUACAACCUCCGCCUGAAGGCCGCCAGUGCUGCCCAGGCCCCCCUGACCCAGACCGUCCAGCCACCCUCCAUGAAGCCCCGCCCCGAGCUGGACGACGUCACCCUGCGCUAUGUCCAGGACCUGCUGGCCUGGGUGGAGGAGAACCAGCGGCGCAUCGACGAGGCCGAGUGGGGGUCAGACCUGCCGUCGGUGGAGUCUCAGCUGGGCAGCCACAGGGGUCUGCACCAGACCGUGGAGGACUUCAGGUCCAAGAUAGAACGGGCCCGGACCGAUGAGAACCAACUGUCUCCGGCCAGUAAAGGAACGUACAGAGAAUACCUGGGUAAACUGGACCUUCAGUACGGGAAACUACUGAACUCUUCCAAGUCCCGCCUCAGGAACUUGGACUCGCUUCACGCCUUCGUCAGCGCCGCCACGAAGGAGCUGAUGUGGUUAAACGACAAAGAAGAAGAGGAGGUCAACUUCGACUGGAGCGACAGGAACAACAACAUGACGGCCAAAAAAGACAACUACUCGGCUCUCAUGAGAGAACUGGAGCUGAGGGAGAAGAAGGUCAACGACAUCCAGGCCAUGGGAGACAAACUGGUCCGAGAGGGGCACCCAGGGAGGAAGACGGUGGAGGCCUUCACUGCUGCCCUCCAGACCCAGUGGAGUUGGAUCCUUCAGCUCUGCUGCUGCAUCGAGGCUCAUCUCAAAGAAAACACAGCGUACUACCAGUUCUUUGCGGAUGUGAAAGAAGCUCAGGACAAAAUGGCUAAAAUGCAAGAAAACAUGAAGAAGAAGUACAGCUGCGACCGCUCCACGACGGCGACACGUCUGGAGGAUCUGCUACAGGAUGCCGUGGAGGAGAGAGAACAGCUGAAUGAGUUCAAAGCUCUGACCACCGGCCUCAACAAGAGAGCAAAGUCCAUCAUCCAACUGAAACCACGGAACCCCACCACCUCCGUCAGAGGGAAACUGCCCAUCCAGGCCGUGUGUGACUUCAAACAACAGGAGAUCACUGUGCAUAAAGGAGACGAGUGUGCUCUUCUCAACAACUCUCAGCCGUUCAAGUGGAAGGUUCUGAACAGGUCUGGACACGAGGCCGUGGUUCCAUCCGUCUGCUUCAUGGUCCCUCCGGUCAACAAGGACGCAGUGGACAGUGUGUCCAGUCUGGAUGCGGGUCAUCAGCAGAUGGUUUCCACGUGGCAGAAGCUCCACAUGGACCUGAAGAGCCUCCUGUCGUGGCAGUACCUGAUGAAACACUUCACCCAGAUCCGCUCCUGGAACAUCACCACGUUAAAGUCCAUGAAGCCAGAGGAGUACCGUCUGCUGAUGCGGAACCUUGAGGUCUACUACCAGGACUUCAUGAGGGACAGCCAGGACUCGCAACAGUUUGGACCCGACGACCGCAUGCAAGUGGAGGAGGACUACAGCAAGGCCACGCAGCACUACGAGAACCUGCUGCGAUCCAUGGAGAAAGGUCAGCAGGACGAGACCCUGUGUAAAAACUACAUCUCUGAGGUGAAGGAUCUGCGUCUGCGGAUCGAGGACUGCGAAAACCAAACCGUGGCUCGCAUUCGCAAACCUCUGGAGAAGGAACCUCUGAAGGAAUGUAUUCAGAAGACGACAGAGCAGAAGAAAGUCCAGGUGGAACUGGACGGUCUGAAGAAGGACCUGGAUAAGGUUUCUGUAAAGACUCAGCAGGUGUUGAGUUCUCCUCAGCCGUCGGCCUCGGUGCCAGUUCUGCGGUCAGAGCUGGACCUGACGGUGCAGAAGAUGGACCACGCCCACAUGUUGUCCUCCGUCUACCUGGACAAGCUGAAGACGGUGGAGAUGGUGAUCAGGAACACACAGGGCGCAGAGGGCGUCCUCAAACAGUACGAGGACUGUCUACGGGAGGUUCACACCGUCCCCGGAGACGUCAAGGAGGUGGACGCAUAUCGAACCAAGCUCAAGAAAAUGCGAGUGGAGGCUGAAGGCGAGCAGCCGGUCUUCGAUUCCCUGGAGGAGGAGCUGAAGAAAGCGUCGGCGGUCAGCGAUAAGAUGUCCCGCGUCCACAGCGAGCGUGACGUGGAGCUGGAGCGGUACCAUCAUCAGCUGGGCAGUCUGCAGGAGCGCUGGAGGGCCGUGUUCACCCAGAUCGACCUGCGCCACAGGGAGCUGGAGCAGCUGGGACGCCAGCUGGGAUACUACCGCGAGAGCUACGACUGGCUCAUCCGAUGGAUCGAAGACGCCAAGCAGCGGCAGGAGAAGAUCCAGGCCACGCCCAUCACCGACACCAAAGUACUGAAGGAACAACUGGCCCAGGAGAAGAAACUUCUGGAGGAGAUCGAGAAGAACAAAGACAGAGUGGAUGAGUGUCAGAAAUACGCCAAAGCCUACAUCGACUCCAUCAAGGAUUAUGAGCUUCAGCUGGUGGCCUACAAAGCACAGGUGGAGCCUCUGACUUCACCGCUGAAGAAAACCAAACUGGACUCUGCAUCUGAUAACAUCAUUCAGGAGUACGUGACCUUGAGGACCCGUUACAGCGAACUGAUGACGCUGACCAGUCAAUACAUCAAGUUCAUCACAGACACACAGCGCCGCCUGGAGGACGAGGAGAAAGCUGCAGAGAAACUCAAAGCGGAAGAACAGAAAAAAAUGGCCGAGAUGCAGGCUGAGUUAGACAAACAGAAGCAGUUAGCUGAAGCUCAUGCCAAGGCCAUUGCCAAAGCUGAGAAAGAAGCUCAAGCGCUGAAGCUCAGAAUGCAGGAGGAAGUAAGCAGGAGAGAAGUUGCCGCUGUAGAUGCAGAAAAGCAAAAGCAGAACGUCCAGUUGGAGCUUCACGAGCUCAAAAACCUGUCAGAGCAGCAGAUCAAGGACAAAAGUCAGCAGGUCGACGAAGCUCUGCAAAGCCGUGCCAAGAUUGAGGAGGAAAUCCGCCUCAUCAGGAUUCAGCUCGAGAUGACAGUGAAACAGAAAUCCACUGCAGAAUCUGAACUCAAGCAGCUCCGUGAUAGAGCGGCUGAAGCUGAGAAGCUCAGAAAAGCUGCUCAGGAAGAGGCUGAGAAACUCCGCAAGCAAGUGAACGAAGAAACUCAGAAGAAGCGCGUGGCAGAAGACGAACUCAAACGCAAAUCUGAGGCGGAGAAGGAAGCCGCGAAGCAAAAGCAAAAAGCUCUGGAGGACCUGGAGAGACUCAGGAUGCAGGCUGAAGAGGCUGAAAGACAAGUGAAGCAGGCUGAGGUCGAAAAGGAAAGACAAAUAAAAGUGGCCCAUGCAGCAGCUCAGAAAAGCGCUGCCGCAGAGUUGCAGAGCAAACACAUGUCCUUCGUUGAAAAGACUUCGAAGCUGGAGGCAUCGCUCAAACAAGAGCACGGCGCCGUUCUUCAGCUGCAACAGGAAGCAGCUCGCCUCAAGAAGCAACAGGAGGAGGCCGAAAACGCCAAAGAAGAAGCAGAAAAAGAGCUGGAGAAAUGGAGGCAAAAAGCCAAUGAGGCUCUACGUCUGAGGCUCCAGGCAGAAGAAGAAGCUCAUCAGAAGACCUUAGCACAGGAGGACGCCGAGAAACAGAAGGAGGACGCUGAACGCGAGGCUAAAAAGCGAGCCAAAGCUGAAGAGUCGGCCCUGAAGCAGAAGGAGAUGGCCGAGAAAGAACUGGAGAGGCAGAGGAAGGUGGCUGAAAGCACCGCUCAGCAGAAACUCACCGCCGAACAGGAGCUGAUUCGACUCAGGGCCGACUUUGACAACGCAGAACAGCAGAGAUCCCUUCUAGAAGAUGAACUUUACCGGCUGAAGAACGAAGUCAUCGCCGCUGAACAACAGAGGAAGCAGCUCGAAGAUGAACUUGCCAAAGUGAGAAGUGAAAUGGACAUCCUGAUUCAGCUGAAGUCCAAGGCAGAAAAGGAGUCGAUGUCAAACACAGAGAAGAGCAAACAGCUUCUUGAAGACAAAGCCGCCAAGAUGAGAGAUCUGGCUGAGGAGGCAAGUAAACUCAGAGCCAUUGCUGAAGAAGCCAAACACCAGAGACAAGUCGCCGAAGAAGAAGCAGCUCGACAGAGAGCAGAAGCUGAAAGGAUUCUCAAAGAAAAGCUGGCUGCGAUCAGUGACGCUACUCGCUUGAAAACAGAGGCUGAAAUAGCGCUGAAGGAGAAGGAGGCGGAAAAUGAGAGACUGCGUCGACAAGCUGAAGACGAAGCCUACCAGAGGAAAGCUCUGGAAGAUCAGGCCAAUCAGCACAAACAGGAAAUCGAAGAAAAGAUCAUCCUUCUCAAAAAAUCCUCCGAAGCUGAAAUGGAGAGACAAAAGGCAAUGGUGGAUGACACGCUCAAACAGAGGAGAAUUGUUGAGGAAGAAAUCAGAAUCCUUAAGCUCAACUUUGAAAAGGCGUCUUCUGGAAAACUGGAUCUAGAGCUCGAGCUUAACAAACUGAAAAACAUCGCAGAGGAAACACAACAAAGCAAACUGAGAGCCGAGGAAGAGGCUGAAAGACUACGACAGCUCGCCCUGGAGGAAGAAAACCGACGAAGAGAAGCCGAGGAGAAGGUGAAGAAGAUCGCUGCUGCAGAAGAAGAAGCUGCCAGGCAGCGAAAGGCAGCCGUGGAAGAACUUCAGCGCCUGAAAAAGAAAGCAGAAGAAGCCAGAAAACAGAAAGAUGAAGCUGACAAAGAAGCUGAAAAACAAAUUGUCGCAGCCCAGCAAGCAGCGCUGAAAUGCAGUGCAGCCGAAGAACAAGUUCAGAGUGUCCUUGCUCAACAGAAGGAGGAUGGUCUCAUUCAGAAGAAGCUGAAGGAGGAGUUCGAGAAGGCCAAAUUACUUGCCAAAAAAGCAGAGGCUGCAAAGGAAAAGGCUGAGAGGGAGGCCGCUCUCCUCCGACAACAAGCUGAAGAAGCUGAAAGACAAAGAGCAGCUGCCGAGAAAGAAGCUGCGAACCAAGCCAAAGCCCAGGAGGACGCCGAGAAGUUGAGGAAGGACGCCGAGUUUGAAGCCGCAAAACGAGCACAAGCAGAAGCUGGAGCACUGAAACAAAAGCAACAGGCCGACGCCGAAAUGGCAAAGCACAAAAAACUGGCCGAGCAAACGCUGAAACAGAAGUUCCAAGUGGAGCAAGAACUCACAAAGGUCAAACUUAAGCUCGAUGAAACCGACAAACAGAAGUCUCUCCUGGACGACGAACUUCAGCGGCUGAAGGACGAGGUCGACGACGCCGUCAAACAAAGGGCGCAGGUGGAGGAGGAGCUGUUCAAGGUCAAAGUCCAAAUGGAGGAGCUCGUCAAACUGAAACUCCGAAUCGAGGAGGAGAACCAGCGUCUCAUUAAGAAAGACAAAGAUAACACUCAGAAAUUCCUCGCAGAAGAGGCCGCAAAUAUGAAAAAGCUUGCAGAAGACGCUGCUCGGCUUAGCGUGGAAGCACAAGAAGCUGCUCGACUGAGACAAAUCGCAGAGGAUGACCUCAAUCAGCAGCGAGCGCUCGCAGAAAAAAUGCUUAAAGAGAAAAUGCAGGCCAUACAAGAGGCAUCUAGACUCAAAGCUGAAGCUGAGAUGCUUCAGAGGCAGAAAGAUUUGGCUCAAGAACAGGCUCAGAAGCUGCUGGAGGACAAACAACUGAUGCAGCAGCGUCUGGAGGAGGAAACCGAGGAAUACCAGAAAUCACUGGAAGCUGAGAGGAAGCGACAACUGGAAAUCAUCGCUGAAGCCGAAAAACUCAAACUCCAGGUUUCUCAGCUCAGUGAAGCUCAGGCCAAAGCUGAAGAAGAAGCUAAAAAGUUCAAGAAACAGGCCGACACGAUCGCUGCCCGCCUGCACGAAACCGAAAUAGCCACCAAAGAAAAAAUUACAGUCGUGGAAAAAAUGGAAGUUGAAAGACUUAACACGAGCAAAGAAGCUGAGGAUUUACGCAAAGCUAUCGCAGACCUAGAGAACGAGAAGGCUAGACUGAAAAAGGACGCUGAAGAACUUCAAAAUAAGUCUAAAGAGAUGGCUGAUGCACAGCAGAAACAAAUAGAGCAUGAAAAGACAAUGCUCCAGCAGACAUUCCUGACAGAGAAGGAGAUGCUGUUAAAGAAGGAGAAGCUCAUUGAAGAUGAGAAAAAGAAGCUGGAGAGUCAGUUCGAAGAGGAGGUCAAAAAGGCUAAAGCCCUGAAAGAUGAACAAGAGCGUCAGAGGCAGCAAAUGGAGGCGGAGAAGAAGAAACUCCAGGCUACGAUGGACGCAGCCCUCAACAAGCAGAAAGAGGCCGAACAGGAGAUGCUCAACAAGCAGAAGGAAAUGCAGGAGCUGGAGAGGAAGAGGUUAGAGCAGGAGAGAGUUCUAGCAGAAGAGAAUCAGAAACUCCGUGAGAAACUGCAACAGCUUGAGGAAGCUAAGAAAGAACAGCCUGAGAUCAUCCACGUAACCACAGUUCACACCACCCAGAAGGUCCUCAACGGUCAAAGUAUAGAUUCAGUCGAUGGGAUGGAAAAGAAACCGGAUCCAAUGGCCUUUGAAGGCAUCAGAGAACAGGUUCCUGCAACCAGACUUCAUGACCUCGGUCUUUUGCCCAAAAAGGACUUCGACAAGCUAAAAAAUGGUCAAACCACUGUGCAAGAGCUUGGGGAGACUGAGAAGCUGAAGAAAAUUCUCAAAGGAAAGAACGCCAUUGCUGGUAUUUUGAGCCCAUCUAAUCAAAAAAUGUCAAUCUAUGAAGCAUCAAAACAGAAGAAGAUCACACCAGGCACAGCAAUGAUCCUGCUCGAAGCCCAGGCAGCCACUGGUUACAUUUUGGAUCCCAUCAAGAACCAGAAACUGUCUGUGAAUGAGGCCGUCAAAGAAGGCGUGAUCGGCCCUGAGCUGCACAACAAAAUGCUUUCAGCUGAGAGGGCGGUCACUGGCUACAAAGAUCCAUACACUGGAGGCAAGAUAUCAGUGUUUGAAGGUAUGAAGAAGGGUCUGAUUGAACACGAUCAAGCCAUCCGAAUCCUUGAGGCUCAGCUUGCAACUGGUGGCAUCGUUGAUCCCAUCAACAGCCACCGGGUCCCCAAUGAAACCGCCUUCAAACAGGGACAGUACGAUGCAGAGAUGAGCAAAAUCAUAGAGAAGCCCACAGAUGACACUAAGGGAUAUUUCGACCCGAGCACUCAGGAACCUUUGACAUACUCUGAACUAAUGUCAAGAUGCAAAACUGACCCUGACACCGGCCUCCUACUCCUGCCAAUCACAGAUAAAGCUGCUCAGUGUUCAAGCAUUUACACAGAAGAAGAGACCAAAGAUGUCUUCAGCAAAACAACUGUGUCUGUACCAUUUGGAAGGUUCAAGGGGAAGACUGUAACAAUCUGGGAAAUAAUCAACUCUGAGUACUUUACUGAAGAUCAGAAGAAAGAUCUCCUUCGCCAGUACAAAACCGGCAAAAUUACUAUUGAAAAAAUUAUUAAGAUUGUGAUUACUGUUGCAGAGGAGAAAGAGAAGAAGAAUGAAAUCACCUUUGAAGGUCUGAGAGCACCAGUCCCAGCUACUGAUCUCCUGGAAUCCAAGGUCAUUGAUAAAGACCUUUACAACAAACUGCACAAGGGCAAUAAGACAGUCAAAGAGGUGUCAGAGAUGGAGCCGGUCCACAAAGCACUGAAGGGCUCCAACAACAUUGCAGGAGUUUUAAUCGAGUCGUCCAAAGAGCCAAUGUCAUUCUAUCAAGCCAUGAAGAAGGAUAUGAUGAGGCCAGGACCUGCUUUGAAUAUGCUUGAAGCCCAAGCAGGAACAGGUUAUGUUGUCGACCCCAUUAACAAUAAGAAGUACACUGUCGAUGAAGCCGUCAAAGCAGGCAUUGUCGGUCCGGAGCUGCAUGAAAAACUUCUGUCUGCAGAGAGAGCUGUGACUGGUUACAGAGAUCCUUACACUGGAAAGACUGUAUCUCUGUUCCAGGCAAUGAAGAAAGAUCUAAUACCAAAAGAACAAGGAAUUCGACUGCUUGAUGCUCAGCUGGCCACUGGUGGCAUCAUUGAUCCAGUAAAGAGUCACCGUGUUCCUCAUGAUGUGGCCUGCAAGAGAAAUUACUUUGAUGAUGAAAUGAAGCAGCUCUUAAACAAUCCCACCGAUGAAACUAAAUGCUUCUUCGACCCUAACAUGAAAGAAAAUGUCACCUAUGCCCAGCUCCUCCCCAGAUGUAUAACUGAUGACAAAACUGGCCUUCAGCUUCUGCCUCUUUCUGACGAAGCGAUCAAUGCUAAAGAAGAGCCAGCAUUCACUGAGGCCCAGACAAAAGAGGCCAUGACUCAGGCAACAGUGGAACUCAACUCUGGACCAUUUAAGGGCAGGAAGAUGACAAUCUGGGAGAUAAUUAAUUCCGAAUAUCUCACUGAAGCACAAAGGCAGGAUCUCCUCAGACAGUUUAUGUCUGGAAAGAUCACAAUCGAAAAGAUAAUCAAAAUUGUCAUUACAGUCGUUGAUGAGAAGGAGGCCAAGAAGCAGGAACAGUCCAGCUUUAAGGGACUCAGAGCUCCUGUUCCAGCAAGUUCUCUUCAUGACUCUAAAAUCAUUGACAAAUCAACCUUUGACCUCCUGCAACAAUGCAAAGUGACACCUAAACAAGUCAGUGAGAAUCCCAGCAUCAGUAAAUACCUACAGGGCUCUGACAGCAUCGCAGGCAUUUACCUUGAGCCAACAAAAGAGAAUAUGAGCAUUUAUCAGGCAAUGAAGAAGAAGCUCCUCAGACACAACACGGGUCUUGCACUCCUUGAGGCUCAGGCUGCCACUGGGUUCAUUGUAGAUCCAGUGAAGAACCAGUGCCUGUCAGUAGACGAAGCAGUGAAAUCUGGACUUGUUGGCCCUGAACUCCAUGAAAAACUCCUCUCUGCAGAAAAGGCUGUCACUGGAUAUAAAGAUCCAUUCACUGGCAGCAAAAUCUCCCUUUUUGAAGCAAUGCAGAAAGAUCUGAUUUUGAAGGAGCAAGCCUUGCCAAUGCUAGAGGCACAGAUGGUCAGUGGAGGAAUCAUUGACCCUGUGAACAGCCACCGUGUCCCAACUGAUGUUGCAUAUCAGAAGAAUAUUUUCAGCAAAGAAACUGCCACUGCUCUGUCUGAACCAUCUGAUGAUAACAAGGUGUUCUCAGACCCUGAAUCUGAUGAGAACGUGACCUACAGACAGCUGAAACAAAGGUGCCAAAGAGAUCCUCAAACCGGCCUGUACAUGCUGCCACUGUCCAAACCCCAGGCUCCAACAAUUGUGGAGAAGACAUACCUCUACACUGAAGAACAAACCCAGAGUGAACUGGCCAACACCCAGAUUGACAUUCCAAUUGAGGGUCUUGCUGAUAAAUCAAUGAACCUCUGGGAUAUAAUGAACUCCAAUUUGCUUCCAGAGCGGGAGAGGCAGAAGCUCCUGGAUGAAUACCGCUCUGGAAACAUCACCAAAGAGCGUAUGAUAAUCAUUAUCAUCGAGAUCAUGGAACAGAGAGAGAUCAUCAGAAAUGAGAAUCCAAUGUCAUAUCAGACAAUUCGCAGGAGGAUAACCAUCGAGGAGCUGUACAAUGCCCGCAUCAUUGACCUGGAGACGUACAACCUCCUUAAACAAGGGAAGAGGGACAUCCGAGACAUAAUGGAGAUGACCAGUGUGAAACAGUAUCUCUACGGUACAGGCUGCGUAGCUGGAAUCACAACUGACUCCACCUCCAAGAUGAGCAUUUACCAAGCAAUGAAGCGAGAUUUCAUUAAACCUGAACUUGCCCUCAGCCUCCUGGAAGCACAAGCUGCUACAGGAUUCAUCAUUGAUCCUGUAAAGAAUGAGUCACUCACUGUUGAUGAAGCUGUCCGUAAGGGUGUGGUUGGUCCUGAGAUCCAUGAUAAACUCCUGUCAGCUGAAAGAGCCGUUACAGGAUACAAAGAUCCAUACAGUGGCAAAGUCAUCUCUCUUUUCCAGGCCAUGAAAAAGGAUCUGGUUCCAGAGGAUUAUGCCCUUAAAAUGUUGGAGGCACAAACUGCCACUGGAGGUAUUAUCGACCCUGAAUUCCAGUUCCAUCUUCCAGCAGAUGUUGCAAUGCAAAGAGGUUACAUCAAUAAGGAAACCAAUGAGAGACUGAGCGAUGAUGUUAAAGGAUUUGUUGAUCCCGUCACUGAAGAGAAGCUGUCAUAUGCUCAGUUACUAAAGAGAUGCAAGUUCGAGGGUGGGUUACGCCUCCUUUCUCUGGGAGACAAGAGGCUGAUGUUCAAGGGUCUGAGGAAGCAGAUUACCAUGGAAGAGCUGAUCCGCUCCCAAAUCAUUGACCAGCAGACUGUCACCGAACUGAAUGAAGGUCUGUUGUCAGUAGAGGAGGUUAGCACUAGGCUGUCCAGGUACCUUGAAGGUACAAGCUGUAUUGCUGGUGUCUUUUUAGAGUCUUCAAAAGAACGUCUGUCAAUUUACCAGGCCAUGAAGAAGAACAUGAUCAGGCCGGGCACAGCAUUCGAACUCCUGGAGGCUCAAGCAGCCACGGGUUAUGUCAUCGAUCCGAUCAAAAACCUCAAACUGACUGUCAACGAAGCAGUGAGGAUGGGAAUCGUUGGCCCAGAAUUCAAAGACAAGCUUCUGUCUGCUGAGCGAGCAGUGACAGGUUACAGAGAUCCUUACUCAGGAAAGACCAUCUCCCUGUUCCAAGCCAUGAAGAAAGGGCUCAUUCUGAAAGAUCAUGGCAUCCGUCUGCUGGAAGCCCAGAUCGCCACAGGAGGUAUCAUCGAUCCAGAGGAAAGUCACCGUCUGCCAGUUGAAGUCGCCUACAAACGUGGCUUCUUUGAUGAGGAAAUGAAUGAGAUCCUGACUGACCCAUCUGAUGACACUAAAGGGUUCUUUGAUCCCAACACUGAGGAGAACCUGACAUACCUCCAGCUCAUGGAGAGAUGCAUCACUGACCCUGACACUGGCCUGGUCCUGCUGCUACUGAAAGAGAAAAAGCGCGAAAGAAAGACAUCGUCUAAAUCUUCUGUUCGCAAACGCAGAGUUGUCAUCGUAGACCCAGAGACAGGAAAGGAAAUGACUGUGUACGAGGCCUACAGGAAGGGACUCAUUGACCACCAGACCUACCUGGAACUGGCUGAGCAGGAGUGUGAAUGGGAGGAAAUCACCAUGACCUCCUCUGACGGUACUGUCAAAUCUAUAAUCAUCGACAGAAGGUCAGGACGGCAGUAUGACGUCGACGACGCUCUCUCACGUGGCCUCAUCGACCAGAAUGCUCUGGAUACGUACAGAUCUGGAAACCUGUCCAUCACUGAAUUCGCUGACAUGCUAUCUGGAAACAUGGGAGGCUUCCGUUCCCGAUCAUCCUCCUUUGGUUCCACCACUGGUUCCACCUCCUCCUAUCCCAUGAGCCCCAUCCCAUCCAUCAAACCUCCUGCAGUCAUAUGGAACGACCCGUCAGAGGUGACCUGCCCCAUCGCUGGAAUACUGGACAUAGACACUCUGGAAAAGGUGUCAAUCACCGAGGCCAUGCACAGAAACCUGGUGGACAACAUCACCGGACAAAGACUCCUGGAAGCCCAAGCCUGCACCGGUGGAAUAAUUGACCCCUCAAGCGGGGAGAGAUUCUCAGUCGCUGAAGCAACAGAAAAGGGUCUCGUGGAUAAAAUCAUGGUUGAUCGUUUGAACCUGGCUCAGAAAGCUUACAAUGGAUUUGAAGACCCCAGAACUAAAGUCAAAAUGUCUGCAUCCCAGGCUCUGAAGAAGGGUUGGCUGUAUUAUGAAGCAGGCCAGCGCUUCCUUGAGGUCCAGUAUCUGACCGGUGGACUCAUCGAACCUGACAUCGAGGGUCGAGUAACACUAGAUGAAUCCAUCAGGAAGGGCACGAUCGACGCCCGAACAGCCCAGAAACUUAGGGAUGUCAGCGCUUACUCCAAAUAUCUAACAUGUCCAAAAACCAAGCUCAAAAUCUCCUUCAAAGACGCCAUGGACAGAAGCAUGAUCGAGGAAGGAUCCAGCCUCAGGCUCCUGGAGGCGUCGUCACAGUCCAGCAAAGGCCUGUACAGCCCCUACAAUGUCAGCGGGUCCGGGUCAGCCUACGGUUCCCGGAGCGGGUCCAGGACCGGAUCCAGAUCAGGUUCGAGGAGGGGCAGCUUCGACGCCGGCACCGGCUUCAGCAUGAACUUCUCCUCGUCCUCCUUCACCUCAUCUUCAACCAGCUACAGCCGUCGAUUCUGAUCAGACCUUUUUCUGUCUUUAACAUGAUGAAAAAACAAACAAAAAAAAAAAAACAGCCCAAAUAUUAAACGUUAAACCCAACAUUUACUAAUGCACUUUACAGCUGCAUUUCUAACAGGAAACAGAGUUACAGUAACUAAAACCGUAUAAUUUAUUUAUUCUACCCAGCAUGUGUCACAGUAGAAAAGACAUAGAAUAUUGCAUUUUUCAUAUUUAUCAGAUGUCGAAACAUGUGCCUCAUAAACUGAGACAAAACCAAGAAUUUGCUAUUCUUUUAUAAGAGAAAAAGCAUGAAUUUUCUGCAGUUUUAUAAGUAAUAGUUUCCAUUUUACACCUGUUAAAGAGUUCUGAAACUAAUAUAUACUAUAUAUAAAAUGUCCAAGAAAUUUGUAGUAUUCCUCUCCUCCUUUACAAUAUCAGUUCUAUUUUUUAUCUUUUUUGACAUAACUACUUGAGAUACUGUACAUCAACAUAGUUUUAAUGUUUUAACAGAUUUUCCGAUACAUAGAUGCCUUCAACUCUCUGAAUGUUUGUAUAGAUUCUGGACAGAUUCUGUCGAUGCUGAUGUUAGAUGUUUCCUGGAUAAACGACAAAAUGAGACACUAAGGAUUAAAAAAAAACACUGAAACAAGAAUUAAAAUGGAACCUAGUUUUCUGUAUUUUCAUGAUGUGCCUGUUUAUAUUCAGUGGACUUUUGCAUCUUUUGGUUUGGUUACACCGUCGGUUCACACACUCCCGACUUUCACCUUCAACCAAGUGUUCCUGAUAAAACCCAAGAUGGUGUCGGAGUCCAUGCUGCUCCGUUACAGACCUGCCUCCUGUUAUUUUAGUUCUUUCGUCGCAGUCUUUCAGAAUCCAGACGUUAAGGACAGACUCUGAAGCCACCGGCGCUCCCCACCCUCUGGACGUGGAUGCGUUUGCGGGUCCUCGUCGUCCAAACGCAGUCGCUCAGAUCUGUCCUUUGUUCCGUUGCUCGUCAUAUUUGAGGAGAUUCAGGCUGAGGCCGAGGCGCCAUCUUGGGAAACAUCUAGAAACACUUUACAUCAAUGUUUUUCAUACAUUAUUCACAGGAUUUACUUCAUUUAUCUGAUGUUCCAACUCCACCAAAGUCCUGGAGUCCACUGAGUAUAUUUGAUGGUGUUUUUAUUGUAAACGGAUCCAAACCAAAGUGCUCAUAAAUAGACAUAUCUGAUGCAUCACCAUCCUGCUUGAAUGUAUGUAUUAUAUCGAAUAAAACCAUUUCAUUAGACUUUUAACACAUUUUACUUUAAUGAACCCAAACCCGCUUGAAGCUUUAUGUUCUCCAUUAUGUCUGUUUUGCAUCUCUAGUGUUUUACUUCUGUAAAUCUUUUUAUUUUGUUCAUGUUUUCAUAAUGUUUUUUUUUUUUUUUUUUGAUAUAUUCUGAAUUUUGCUUUGCAUGUUUUACUAACGUUCCGAUUACAAAGGAUAUUUGGGAAAACAGUGUAAAAUAAAGACAAGUGCCUUUGGAAAAAUGUGCUGUUUAGCAGAUUAGAAAAAUAUAUGAAAUCACAAACUAACUGGUUGGUUUUGCUUGAGGUUCAGAUUGAGGUUUAAAGAUACUGUAUGGUGAGGUGGUUCUGUUUUUGUUCUGAACAUAACACUAUAUUGUAAAUAAAUAUACUCUGAAGAGAA